CAGAUUAUCAUAAAAUCAUGCGUAUGUUCAUCUAAACCAGUUGCAGUUGUAGUGGACACUUGUGUGUUUCUGUAAAGCACUGUACAGAAAUGGAGCAAGUGGAUUGGGUUGUUGAAGUUGACGAAGAAGUUCAAAGGCUGGUGGAUUCUGAGACAGAGAUGGAACAUUGGACGAAGCGAUCAAUAUAUCGAAUACCGACGAGCUUCACUGACCUAAACAAGAAAGCAUACAUUCCUCAGGUGGUCUCCUUCGGACCUUACCAUCACGGAGAAGAUCACCUGAAGCCGAUGGAAGAACACAAACAACGAGCACUCCUCCAUUUCCUGAGGAGAUCGAACAAGUCUUUAGAAUCAUUCGUCGAAGUGUUAGCUAAAGAUUUGCGGAGAUUGAAAGAUUGUUAUGAUCAGCUUGAUGAUCCAAUGUGGCACGAUGAUGACAAGUUCCUGCAGCUGAUGAUUCUUGAUGGAUGUUUCAUGCUGGAAAUUUUAUGUUCUGCUAACCGUACAAUGGAAGAUUAUGCUCUAAACGAUCCGAUCUUCAGCAAUCAUGGAAAGAUACAUAUUCUUCCGUUUAUCAAACGAGAUAUGCUGAUGCUCGAAAAUCAAUUGCCAAUGCAAGUUCUUUACAGCUUAGUUGCUGUUGAAAGCAAUGGAACCAAGGAUAAAGAGUACAUCAACAAUCUUGUACUCAAGUUUUGGUCUCCCAAUACGCCCCUCUCGUGCUUUGGGACUUGCUUGCACGUGUUGGAAGUUUACCGAAAGAGCCUAUUUCCGGACAUACCGGAUGGUCGUCAACGGCAAAGGAAACAUCGCCGCAAACCACGUGUCUCGGACCACAAAGAUGGCGACGACAUCAUUAGGUCUGCGAUGGAGCUGAAUGAAGCAGGAAUCCGAUUCAAGAAAAGUAAGACCGUCAACCUCAUGGACAUUACGUUCCGCGGAGGGGUCCUUAAGCUUCCGGUCAUCAUCGUAGACGAUGCCAUGGAAUUCAUGUUUUUAAAUCUAAUAGCAUUCGAACGUUUGCAUGUCGGAGUAGGAAAUGAGGUGACAUCCUAUAUCUUCUUCAUGGACAGCAUCAUCGACAACGAGAAGGAUGUUGCUCUUCUAUACUCGACGGGGAUCAUUCAGAAUGCACUUGGAAGUGACAAAGCAGUGGCUAACAUGUUCAACUCGUUGUCAAAAGACAUUACGCUCGACCCGGAUAACAACAGCUUCGAUGAGGUCCGGAAGAUGGUGAACAGGUAUUGCAAGAAAGCUUGGAAUGAAUGGCGAGCCAAUCUCAUUCACACAUACUUCAGAAACCCAUGGGCUAUACUUUCUGUGAUUGGUGUCAUCUUUCUUUUUGCCCUCACUAUACUGCAGACCAUAUAUUCUAUACUUCAAUUCUACAAUAAAUAA